CGGUUUGUGUCUAUAAGUCAAAGUAAUCAGUAAUGGAAUUAUUGACGUGUCAAAUCUCGACGCCAAUGGCAAUCUGAGCUAUAUAUCUGCAGCACGUGGUGCUCGUAUGUAUGUUAGUAGGUUAACCUUUAAGGAUUACUCUAAGUCUAAAUUACAGGAAGCGAAGACGGAGAACUGAAACUUCCAGUGAAAGUAACUCGCUAAGUAAAUCGAAAGGCUGUUCUCUUGCAAAUAAAUUUAAAAUGGGACUUUCUUAUGAGAAUGGAAUUGAGAGUGAACCACUGUUUGACCCAAACAUUUUGAAGGCCUUAGAUUUUAGCAAGAGUAAGGUGAUUUUUGACCCACCCAUUUCAGUAAUAGAUCCAGGUGAAAAUCUCAAGGUUCGUCCACUUUGUUCUGGGGAUUAUGAUAGAGGAUAUUUAAAAUUACUGUCCUUUUUGACCAAAGUUGGAGAUAUUUCAAGGAAACAAUUCUUGGAUAGGUUUCAUGCAAUGAGCUCAUGCAAAGGUAUGCAUUACAUUACCGUGAUUGAAGAUACAGUCUCCGGACAGAUUAUUGGAUCAGCUACACUGGCUGUAGAACAAAAAUUUAUACAUGAUGCAGGAUUUAGAGGGAGAUUGGAAGAUGUAGUCGUGAGCGAUGAAUACAGAGGAAGACAACUUGGAAAGCUGUUGGUUGAAACCAUCCGAUUGCUAGCUGAACAUGUGGGCUGUUAUAAGAUUACACUGGACUGCAGGGAUAGAAUGGUCAAAUUCUACAAACAGUUGGGGUUCCAAUUGGAGGAAGGAAAUAGCAAUUUUAUGACUGUUAGAUUUCAAGACUGACUAGUGGUCACACAUAGUAAACUGUAAUGGUUUUGGUGUGAUAUCUGGACUUAAUGAAAAUGACAUAAUAUUCUUUAUUAAAAAAAAUUGAGCACUUUAUAAAAUAUGGUUUUCAUUCAAAUAUAAGCUGAAAGUAUGCUCUUUAGAAGUAUUUCUGAUUGAUUAUCUGCAUUUUUUUCUUUUAUUUCUGAAAAACAAAGUUACGGUAAUUUUGUUUAUUUUUUGUUGUUGUUGUUGUCUUUCAAAAUUUGUAAUGCAUACUGGAGGGAUUUGCACAUUUUAAUAACAAAGUUAAAGAAAAACAACCUUUAUAUUCCAGAUAAUUAUAAGAAAACUUAUUUUAACCAAUGUUUCACCUUUGUGACACUAACCCUGAAGAAGUUGCGAAGGCAGUGUCUGUUAAAAUAAAAAUCUCUUAUAAUUAUUUGGAGUAUAAAGGUCGUUUCUCUCUAAAUUUGUUGUCUUAUUUUUCUUUUUUCCUCUUGCAUUGUGUAUUUUAUUUAAGUUGGUUUUGUUAGUUGUCUUGAAAAUGAGCACAUACUAUACACUGCGUGUUUAUAUGCUUUAUUUCAGCAACCUGUGAAAAUGUUUUUUUUAUGUUGCACUGCAUGUGUGACUCAUCACCAGUUGUUACAGUGAAAGUAAAAAAUUCAUCAAAAAUUUAUCUAUAGUGCUUAGUACAAUGCCAUCAAAAAUAUUAACAGUGAGAUAUAUGUAAACUUAAAGUGGAGUUUUAUACUUAAAUAUUUAUCUAAUUGAUUUAAGAAAUGUUACUUAUGUAAAAUUCUGUUAUUAUAAUUUAACAGUUUUUUUUAUAUACAUCAGGGAUGAAAUUCUCAAAAAAAAGUAGAGGUACUUAGUUGGGUGAAGUGGACCUGUUAAUGAAAAAGAAAAAAAAUCAACAUCUAAACAUAAAAGAUAACAAUUUAAGUGUCAAUGAAUAAAUGCUUUCUGAUGGGACAAUGAAAUGCAUUCUCAUCUGAAAAAAGCAGCUCAAAUGAGUCCCGGUAUUAGUAUCACCUUAAAAAAUAUGUUCUGGUACUCUGUACUGGCAAAAUUUCACCCCUGAAAUACAUAGAAAAACUGUGUGUAACUUCAUAAAAUUUGAGAAUGAUCUUGCCGUUGAAUUAAUGAGAUUUGAUAUAGCUUAAAAUUGGUUUUUGGUAUUGUUAAUUUAUGCAAUUUGCAUGUUUUUAUCAGAAUCACGUUAAAUAUGCAUUUGUUUUAAGCUUAAAAGUCAUAUAGUAAUAUAUCUACUUGUAUUUACAGCAGUAAAAAUGCAUCACAUUUAAUCUUUUUUUCAAUGAGUCCACCACCCCCCCCCCCCCUCCUCCUCCUUACCAUCCUGAUGAACUGGUAUAACUAAUAAGUACACUUUGAUUUUUGCCUUUCUCAAUAAAGGACAGAUUUCGAGUCACUAUAGAAUAUGUAUUAAUAUACUGUAGCUAUUCGUGUAUAUUACACACCUUCUAGGAAUAUGUGUAUAAUGUGUUCAGUUGAUGUAUAUAAUAUUCUAUAGUAAUUUGUUUUGCUGACAUUACUUUUGACAAAUGCAGUUUUAUUAUGAGUACAGUUUAAACUGUUAAGCACUUAAUUAUGUAUGUUAGUAAUAAAAUAUCAAAAAAUGCCUCGCAUGCCCAGCUUUAAAUUCCAAAUAUAUAUGUGAUACUCCUACUUUGUUAGAUCAUAUUUCUUUCAGAUACCUUUCUUAAUUGUUACCCCUUUCCGACAUUGUACUUCGUGUCUCAGUUUUGUCUGUUGUUCAUGUACAAGCUUUAGUUUUGGGCCAUAGUUAUAGUUUGUAAAAUUACUUUUGAAUAUUAAAAGAAAUUCUGUUUUUAAAUUCUCUUCCCAUUAAAUGUUAAAAUUGACAAAACUGUCGUAGAAUCUACAUGCAUGUGUAUAUUUAUGUAUGUGCACGUGAUACAGACAUUAUGCACUACUAUGAUUUUUCUAAGUCCUUCCCUUAGCUGUUUGAAGUGUGAACCACUACACUACAUUAUUCUUUCUAUCAACUCGUGGCUCACUUCUACACAUUCUUACAAGGCUAUUGACAUCUAAACCAGUUACGAUGUAAGAAGAAGACAGUUAGUAAAACUAAACGUGUCUUAGAAAAGUCAUAGUUAAGGUGGGACAGUUAUGUGAUAUGCAGGUAAUGAUAUUCCAGAAGAAACUGUUGUUUAUCUUGUAAAGAAAUUGGAGUGUUACUAAAGUAAUUAUAGGAUGUUGUUUUUUGUUACCUUGAAUAAAACAUAAAAACAUGUACCUUUAAUGUUGAUGUUGGCAAUAUGUAUGAAAAUUGGUAUAAAACAUUUUUUUCCACUUUUGCAUUUCAAAUGUAAUUGUAUAUAACUUCCUUGAAAGCUUGUGUAAAAAAAUAACAAGAACUAGUAUUAAGAUUGAAUUAUGAAAUAUAAGCAUUUAAUAUUUUAAAGCAAAAGUGCAUUUAGAAAGUUUCUAUAUGUAUAUUAAUAACAGUUGUAAUUUAUGUUUAAUCAGAUAUUUAUGUACAGUUCUUGAAUAAUCUCUAGUUUGAACUGGUGAUUUUUUUCUUAGUUAAUAUUCAUGAAAUUCCUUCCUAUGUUAGUUUUUUAUGGUUGUUUAAUUAGUACUUAGCAUAUCUUAUUUUUAGUUGAAGACUGAAGGUUAGCUACCAGUACAUUAGUCAACAAGAAUUUUAUUGUUCAUGUAGGUUUUUGUUUUUAUAAAGAGAUAGAUGUUAAAGUGUACUUGUAGAGUACAAAAAGUUUAUGUGGAGAAAAAAAUUAACUCAAAGCUGAGCAACAAACAGUGUAGCUCUGUGAAGAAAAACAUCUUUCAAUUGUAAAAAAGGUAUUGUAAUGGGGCAGUCCAAGAGCAUAGUUGUUGGGUUUGACUUCACACCAGUUACAAAUGAAUUUAUGUAAAUCCAGGUUAUGCAGUUGCAAGUGAAGCACACAAGCCACCAAUUGGAGGAAAUUUAUGUAUGGAAUAAAGGACACACUCAGAGACAACUGAAUACAAAUUAAAGAGUUUUUUUUUUAUUUAUACACUGUGAAAGAACUCGUCUGGGUUAAAACUCUCAAGAUUAUCAUGAGAUAACACUAAUUCCAAAUCAUUAAACUUUUCAUUUUGAAGGUCUAGGUGUUUGUUAAUAAAUCCUUCUACGAAAUUCAUCAACAUAGAUACAACAUUAAAUAAGUUAUCAUGAGAUAUUCUCUCAGUUAUAAUCUGUAUUAUAUAACUGCUUUAAUAAUUCUUCUAAUAUAUCUAAGCAGUUCAACGAUAAGCAUUACCAAACCUACUAUUUCUUUAAUACAGUUAAAGUGUUUCACUUUCCUCUCUUAAGACAUUAUACGUUAUUAAACAUUACAUUAAGUGAAACACCAUUAGACUAAAUCAGAAAUAGCAUACUUCAAGGAGUUUGUCUAGUGAACUUCUUGGAGAGUCUGGAGAACUGCCAUCUUCAGUUUUCUUGGUCGAUCAACUGGAGUUUGAACAGGUGAAGUUUUGAGCCAGAAACAUGGAAUUAUAUAUACAAAAUUUAGUGUUUUUUAUUUUUCAAAAAAUCCAGUAGAU